GAUGACUCCACGCUACAUCCUGCAUCAAGCACAUUUCACCAAAUUCACAAGAUAUAACCAGUUGAUACCCCCUUCCCGGACCCCUUUCCCUUUUUACGACUCUUUGGCAAGUUUCUUCACAAAGUUGCCGAGUUGAAGAUCUAGUCAGCUCAUUUUCAAGACAUGCCCACCCUUCCUAACGUGGAAGCGACUUCUGGCGCAACCAAGCCAUCUGGAUACGAUUUCCCCCCCAUUACAAGGGAUCACAUAUUGCACUGUUCAUACGACUACUGGUUUCCCACAUACCGUACAUCUUGCAUUAAGUCCAGAUUUGUCCCACUUACACCAGAAUUUCUUGAGUACAUCCGAGAGGACGGCAUUCUGUUGGCAGACGACGACCAGGAAGAUGAUGACGAUGACGUGGAAUGGGAAGUCGGCCCCUCGAGCGCAAGUGCGCCACCGCGAAAAGACGACUCGGAUUCGGAGUCGGACAGCGAUGAAGAGGCGCCGGCGCCGCUCCCACCCAACCAAAGAUUCCCAGAGCUACACCAGGCAAUAAAGGACAAGAUCGCAGAAGUAGGAGGCGCCGCAGCGCCGAAGCUGAACUGGACGGCCCCAAAAGACGCGGCAUUCAUAUCACCACACCAGAACACCAUCAAGUGCACCAGCCCAAACGAUGUCUAUCUUCUCCUGAAAAGUUCCAACUUCAUCACCUACGACCUGGAGCACGCCUUUGAUGACUGCACACCUACCCCAAACAACGCAAACGCCACGCCUUUCAAGCCAGUUUUGGUGCUUCGAUCUUUCUUCAACCCUCAUACAGCCCUCGAGUUCCGGUGUUUCGUGAAGCACCGGAGCCUCGUCGGCAUAACCCAGCGCGAUCUGAAUUACUACGAGUUUUUGAAACCCCUGCGGGCUGCUAUAGUAUCCAAAAUCGACGAGUUUUUCAACCAUAAACUGCGGUAUACCUUCCCAGAUGGCAACUUCGUCUUUGAUGUCUACAUCCCCGAGGGCGAGGAUGAGCCCCUGGGACGGGUUCGGUUGAUCGACAUCAAUGCAUGGGCACCCCACACAGACAGCUUGCUAUUUGGUUGGAACGAGCUGCUCGAGAUGAUUGUCCCAGGACCUUUGUUGGGAGUCUCUGAUGGCGCAGACAAUGUCGGGGUACGGCCUGAGUCCGAUGAGACUAGCGACGAAGACGACGAUGAUGAUGACGACAACGCCGAGGAGGAGGAUUUCGUGCCUGAGCUGCGGCUUAUCGAGCAAGAUGAUCCAUCAGCGUGUAACUUUAGCUCGACGCCGUAUUCGGCGCAUAAGCUGCCGAAGGAUGUCGUGGAUGCCGCUUCAGCCGGUCAGGGUGGCAUGAUGGAGUUUGCGAAGAAGUGGAAGGAGAUGGUUGAGUACAGGGAGAAUAUCGCGGCAUGGGAAAAGGAAGAAAGGGCAUAAAUAUGAGCUGUCUCAUACAUAGAAGAGAUGACAGAGCCGUACAGAUUAUGAUACUCUCCGUGUGUAUGUGAAGCUUGCAUGUCAUAGACCUACAUUGAGGAGAACAAUUUUGGAACAGAAAUCAAGGUAAUAUUGAUAAAAAUAGAAACGUCCCACUCUCAAAUGAUGGGAAAUAUGAAACAGUUG